UGUCAGCACUCACUUUUGACACAGUCAUGAUGGAAACUGCAGUGACCCUCCUGGCUCUCUCUUUCCUUCAUGUCUGCUCUUCAGCACCUGUGAGCCGUCCAACAAACUGGCUCAGACAAUGCCGUGAGUCUACCAACCUCUCCAUCACAGCACUGGAGGUGCUGCCAGGUGGAGGCUGGGACAACCUCCGGAACAUGGACAUGGGUCGAGUUAUGAACCUCAGCUACUCCCAGUGCCAGACCACUGAGGACGGGCUCUACCUCAUUCCAGAUGAAGUGUUUGUCAUCCCCCAAAAACAGACAGGUGUGGAGACCAGCUCAGAGAUCAUCAGUUCCUGGCUUGAGCAGAAAAGCUCGACAUCUCACUCCAUUAAUGCUGACAUAUCCUUCCUCACGGUGCUCAAUGGUAAAUUUUCUGUUGAGAACACUAGAAUGAAAACCCAUCAGGUCAGAGACUCAGCAACCACAGCCAGGGUGCAGGUUCGUAACUUCCUCUACACAGCUAAGGCUUAUCCAGACUUCACUCUGGACACACGAUUCGUUCAGCAAGUCAGAGACAUUGCUGAUGCAAUUGAGAACAACCAGACGAGAAGUGCAGACUAUCUCUCGGAGAAGAUGGUGCUGGACUAUGGAACUCAUGUCAUCACUAGUGUGGAUGCUGGGGCGGCUUUGGUGCAGGAGGACUAUCUCCGUUCCUCUUAUGUGUCAGACAGCCAGUCACAAAGUUCUUCUGUGAAAGCACAGGCUGGAUUAAACUUCUUUGAUAAGCUAAAGUUUGACAUUAGCAGUCAAAGUGCCCAACAGAGCUCAUCACUUCAUACAUAUCAGUCCAACAUUACAUACUCUCUCAUUCAAAGCCACGGAGGCACAACUUUCUAUCCUGGCAUCACUCUGCAGAAGUGGCAGGAAAGUACCAGAAACAACCUUGUUGCCAUCGAUCGCUCAGGAUUUCCUCUGCACUAUUUCAUAAACACCAACACUCUCACUGAUCUGCCACACCCUACGAUUGGAAAAGUUGCUGUUAAAGUCAGUCAGGCUGUAGAGCGCUACUACAAGAUCAAUACUCGCCCUGGGUGUGUUGACGUCAACUCCAAGAACUUCAACUUCCAGGCUAACAUGGAUGAUAAUUCCUGUGGAGGUCCAGCUACAAACCUCAGUUUUGGUGGUGUCUACCAAGAGUGUGUUAAAAUCAGUUCAGAUGCAGAUCCACUUUGUGAUUCUCUGGCCCAGAAAAACCCAGAUACAGGUGCCUUCUCCUGUCGUCCACCUUACUCACCAACUUUACUCAGAUCAGAGGUGAGACUUCAGAGUUACUCUAAGUAUGAAUGUCAUAGGGAAAGUCAUUCCUGUUGGGGUUUUUUCACCUGUCACAAAACGCGUUGUCAAGACAACAACUAUGUUCGUUCUGCUCGCAUCAACACCUACUGGUGCUCUGUAAAUGGACAGGCUCCAGAAAACUCAGGGUAUCUGUUUGGAGGCAUAUACAGCCCCUCGCUCCUGAACCCCCUCACGAAAAGCAAAAGUUGUCCCCCAAAUUUCAUUCCAGUAAAUUUUUUCUCAGAUGGUGAGGUGAUCUGUAUGAGUAAAGACUAUGAGGCAGGUACCAGAUUCUCAGUACCAUUCGGAGGUCUCUUCAGCUGUCAGUCAACCAACCCAGUGGCAAACAAUCAACGCAGGUGCCCUCCCAAGUUCAGUCAGCACCUUGCUGCAAUCAGUGAUGGCUGUGAAAUCCUCUACUGUGUUCAGUCUGGACUGUUCACAGGUGGAGAGCUCCAACCAAUUCGUCUGCCUCCGUUCACAAAACGCCCACUUAUCAGCAUGCAAGCCACCAACACAGUAAUGGUGAUGACUGAAGGAGAAAACAGCUGGGUGAGAGUGGGCCGGACCAAAAUGUGGAAACCUGCCAAACCAGAAGAAAUUCAGAAAAUUGUUCAAGGCCUUAACCCUGAACUCAGUCAAAUGUCUAAUGGAGAAAAGGCAGGUGUAGCUUUUGGUGUGAUGGGUGUGAUGCUGAUGGUGGCCAUAGUGGGAGUGGUCCUAUUCAAGAGGAGGAGGAGGAUGUCAGGGUUUAGAAGUAGAGGUUAUGAGGAAAUACGUGAAGAAGUUGAAGAAGAAGCUCCCGAGCAGAACACAGCUUAGAAGCUUGAUCACUCACAUUGAGAAAUUAAACCAGUGUGGCAGGUUUAGCUUUGAACUUCUCUUUUGAUUGUCUCCACAUUCAUGCUUCUUACAGCACUGGAAAAUAUUGACAUUUAAGAGCUUUAAUUUCAAUCAGUCUUUGCAUUACUUUAGUUUAUUAUGCUCCACAUUUUGUACUUAAACCUGUAGACUAUUAACAUAUAUGCAGGGAGAAAUUACUUUGCAGCAGUCUGCCUCUGAAAUCAUCAGAUGGAGCCAUCAAAAAGGGAAAGCAGAGGUGAUUUUUAUACUAAGGCCCAAGAUGCAUAAGACCAUGCUGUAAAAAAUUUUGUACAUAUCUAAGCACUAUAUGCAUGACUUUGUUUGCAAAUACUUUUAAGAAAAACAUGUAUAAUAGAUAAUCUUCAUUUUUCCCACAAUAUAUUCUAAUAAACAAUCAAAGAAAAAGACA